GGAAAAAAAAUAGAAAUUGUAAUAGUUAAAAGAAAAGAGGAAAAAAAAACAAAAGAAAAACCCUCCCCUGUCUCUUUCUCUCUUCUCCGCGCGCGCUUCGCCCCUGGAGAGGAGAAGAAACCCUUCCGAGUUCGAUCGCCGGACUUCGAGGGGGCAUACCAAUUGCAGGGGAGCUCAUCAGUUCAUAAGAGUACUAAGAUGGUUGCAGAAAGGUUCACCGUGGACUUGAACAAGCCUCUUGUUUUUCAAGUUGGCCAUCUUGGGGAAGACUAUGAAGAAUGGGUUCACCAGCCCAUCAUGAGCAAGGAAGGUCCACGCUUUUUUGAAAAUGACUUCUUGGAGAUGUUCACGUGUACUAAAUGGUGGGUGAUUCCAGUUGUAUGGAUCCCAGUUGUCUGUUGGCUUGUGAUCAAGUCUGUCCAUAUGGGGCAUACUGUUUCUCAGGCAGCUCUAAUGGUUGUGGGUGGUGUUCUUUUGUGGACGCUGAUUGAGUAUACAUUGCACCGCUUCCUUUUCCAUAUUAAAACAUCAAGUUACUGGACGAACACGUUACAUUAUCUUAUUCAUGGAUGCCAUCAUAAGCACCCUAUGGAUGGACUGCGCCUUGUUUUCCCUCCAGCUGCAACAGCAAUUCUAUGUGUGCCGAUCUGGAGUCUGAUAAGGCUCUUAUCAACUCCUAGUACUGCACCUGCCAUUUUUGGAGGUGGCUUGUUGGGUUAUGUGAUGUAUGAUUGCACCCACUAUUAUCUGCACCAUGGACAACCAUCCAAAGUUCCAGCUCGAAAUUUAAAGAAAUAUCAUUUGAAUCAUCACUACAGAAUGCAAAACAGAGGUUUUGGGAUAACUUCAUCACUUUGGGACAUUGUCUUUGGCACAUUACCCCCUCCAAUGCCCUCUAGGAAAAGCAGCUGAUCUUAUUACCCCACUGUUUAGAUUGGAUAUAAUGUAUUCAGCUUCCCAAAUCUAUGAUUGGUGUGAAAGUGGCUGCAUGGAAGAGCAACUUGUAAUUUUGUUUUAAGUCAAGCAAAUUGCCUUCUUGACAUUGUACAAGGAAACCAGGAAGAUUAAAGGAUUACACUGUAAUUGGGUUAAAAAUAUUCAAUCAACAUAGGAUAUGAGAUGUUGAUUGCUCUGGCA